AUGGCGUCCAUAUUGCUGCUACUUGUAUUGUUGAUGCCUGCCCUGCAAAUAACAGGUGCACAAUCUGUUGGUGUUUGUUAUGGACAAAAUGGCAACAAUUUACCAUCCCCAACAGAAGUCGUUGACUUGUACAAAAGCAAUGGCAUUGGAAGAAUGAGAAUUUAUGAACCCAAUGAUCCAACCUAUCAAGCCCUUAAAGGUUCCAACAUAGAACUCAUCGUGACCAUCCUCAACGACAAGCUUCAAGGCCUCACUGAUGCUGCUGCUGCAACAGAUUGGGUCCAAAAGAAUGUACAAGCCUUCCCUGACGUCAAGUUCAAAUACAUCGCAGUCGGGAACGAAGUACACCCCGGCGAUCCACAGACCCAGUAUCUCCUCCCAGCCAUCCAAAACAUUCAUAAUGCAAUUGUAGCAGCCAAUCUGCAAGGCCAGAUCAAAGUCUCAACAGCAAUUGACACAACCCUUGUGGACAGUACUAGUGCCUACCCUCCUUCAGCUGGAAAAUAUAGUGAUGCUGCAAAGUCAUUCAUAACCCCAGUUAUCAACUUCCUAGCCAGCAAUGGGGCCCCUCUUCUUGUCAAUGUGUAUCCUUACUUCAGCUACCAUGACAAUCCUGCUCAAAUAGAACUUGCCUAUGCCUUAUUCACCUCACAAGGGAUCACAACGCCCGACGGUGUAAAGUACCAAAACCUGUUUGAUGCUCUUUUGGACGCUCAGUACUCGGCUCUUGAGAAAGCCAAUGCUCCCGACGUGGAGAUCGUCGUGUCGGAGAGCGGUUGGCCAUCCGAAGGUGAUGAUGUUGCAACCCCUCAAAAUGCACAAACAUUCUACCAGAAUUUGAUCAACCAUGUGAAAGGUACUACUGGGACUCCAAAGAGGCCUGGAAAAGCUAUAGAAACUUACCUUUUUGCCAUGUUUGAUGAAAAUACCAAGGGCGGUGAUGAAGUUGAGAGACACUUUGGUCUUUUCUCUCCCAACAAACAACCCAAGUACCAACUCACCUUUGGCUAGAGGAGUGACACAAUCAUUUGUCUUGAGUACGUAGAAUAUUUAAGCUGAAUAAGAGUGCCUUGUCCCUGUUCUUCUAAUACAAUAAAAUAAUAAGAUGCACAAGAUUAUUAUGAAUUCUGAUGUUGGUGAAGUUGUUUUUGAAAUACAAAACCAAAAAUAAAGGAAGAAGGUUAUAAAAAGGGA